AUGCACCAGUACGUCAAGCUGAGUGGGCUGUUCAACAUCGGCGAGGCGCUCUCUUUUCUGCAUCAAAUUUGCGGCAUCUCGGUCAACAACCUGUCCAUUGACUCGGUCUUUGUCUCGCGCAACGACUGCAACGAGUGCUGGAAGCUGGGCUCACUCUACUGGUACAGCUCUCUGGACACUGACUCGGAGGAGUUCUUCCGCCAGCUGAUUGGCUUUCACACCUCCCAUGGAACCAUCAAGACGCUGCCGCCGGAAGAUCGAGAGGUGUCCACACAUUUACUGAUUCGCUCCUCAAAGCUUGUCCACCGACGUGACGCCUACGCAUUCGUCAGUCUAAUCAAUGAGCUGCUGUACGACCCAAAGAAUCCGCCAAAGUUGGCCGAUAUGAUACUCGCCUCUGAGUGUGAAGUUUCUAGUCUCUCCAUGACAAUCAAGUCUUUCGUCGACAACUUUUCCCCCAUUCCAGCCGACCAGCGACCGACCGUUGCUGAACUGCUCAACAACAAACUCUUUGUCAACUGCAUCUUUCUCCAAAUUCGCCAGUUCUUCAUCAACUUUGGCACGCAUAAUGACUACGAAAAGUGCCACUUUUUCGAGACAUUCAUCGAGCGUCUGCGAAUGCUGCCAGACCAACAUUUGAUUGUCAACAUUUUCACCAUGAUUGUCAGCUCAAGGGUCAUCAUGUCCAGCAAGUUUAUCUACAACCAAGUGAUGCCUUACUUUUUAAUACCGUCCAAAUAUGAACAGAAAGGCCAACCAGCCCUCAAUAAUGGUUCGCUAGCUGAAGAAGGGCAAAUGGAGGAAGCGCCAAAUGGUAAUGACGAAAGUGGGCAGUGUGAACCGGUUCGACGGCACUACGCUCAAGAGCAGGCCUUCACGCUGACCAAUGGUCAGGUGGUCACACUGAGUCCAAUCAUCUCCACCUCCAUCUACCGCGAGUACAUCAUUCCACACCUGUCGAACCUGUACUGUGUCCACGAUUACAAGAUUCGCAUGCUCCUUCUGCUCUACCUUCCCCACUACGGACCGCUGAUUGCAAAGACAUGCCUGCGAAAGAUCAUUUUGCCGCAGAUUCUGCUGGGCAUCAAAGACUCCGACAAUGAGCUAGUCUCACUUACCUUCCGCUCGCUGGCCGUACUCGUCGACAACUUUGGCGUCGUCACCGUUCUCGGCGGCUCUAAGCGUCCUCGCAUCUUCAACUCUGGUGUUCCGCGAUCCGAUGUGCGCCUGUCCUCUUCGGACGCCACCAGUCAGCACGACAGUGAGGACAACAGGGACAACCUCUCCACCAUCAGCGCCAAAUCGACCUCCUCAGUGGCGAGCAGUUCGCUCAACUUUCUCGGCUACAAAAUGCCCGCUCACAUGAUCUCUGAGCGAAGCUCGCCGGACGGUGAUGAGAUUGACAGUGCCGGCCACCUCCUCCACUCGUCACUAAUGGCCACUGAUGGACUAUUGCCAGCCUCUGGCGAGCACGUCGGCAGUGCAGCCGCCUCUUCAAAAGCUCUCCUGAGAGCCUCUUCAAACAAUAUCAACUUGAUUGAAGACGACGAAGAGUGGCCAGAGUGGGACAACGGCCACUCCUCCUCAUCAAAUGGCUUUGAGACUGCUGUCGAGAGUCUGGAGAGCUCAGAGGCGAACCAAUCCAUCAGUGGCGACACUGGUCCAGUUACCCCCACCAACACUGCUGACAAGCGUUUGCCAACUGUUAAGCCUGAGAGCAGCAAGGCUAUAGCAGCCCUGACCAAAAAGAUGCAGACAUUUGACAUCAAGGAGAUUGAUUUCAAGCAAGUCGAACACAAGGAAAUUGACAAUCUUUUUCUCGACAUGGAGCCAGUGUUUGACUUUCGACAGAGCAAAUUGGAAGUUGCUCAGCAGCAGACAGUGUCAAGCAAGCGGACCGAGUCCCCAGUUGCCAGAGCAAAUCUCAACUUGUUUGAGCUCAAGCUUGAUGCUCAGAUGCUGACUGAUGCCGACGAUUUGGAGAACAGCAGUGGUGGCUGGAAUGAUGAGGACACACUUGAGGGAGAACUGGGCACUGAAGAGGAUGAGAAUCAAGGCCAGUCACUAGGUGAAGGCGAUGAGAAG